GUGAUGGUGGGACCCAUACCGGGAGGAGGCGGCGCCGGCGAUGAGCUGGCAAUGUAUAGAGGGCUGAAGAAAGCUAAGAAAGAGAGAGGAUGUACUGCUAAAGAACGCAUCAGCAAAAUGCCCCCUUGCACAGCCGGCAAACGUAGCUCUAUUUAUCGCGGCGUGACUAGGCAUAGAUGGACAGGACGAUAUGAAGCUCAUCUUUGGGAUAAAAGCACCUGGAAUCAAAACCAAAAUAAAAAGGGAAAGCAAGUUUACCUGGGUGCAUAUGAUGAUGAGGAGGCAGCAGCCAGAGCAUAUGAUCUUGCUGCCUUGAAAUACUGGGGCCCUGGAACACUCAUUAAUUUUCCAGUUACUGACUAUACAAGGGACCUUGAAGAGAUGCAAAAUUUCUCAAGAGAAGACUAUCUCGCAUCCCUUCGAAGAAAGAGUAGUGGCUUCUCAAGAGGAGUCUCCAAAUAUCGUCCUCUUUCAAGCCGAUGGGAUCCACAAUUUGGUCAGUUUUCUGGGGCUGAUUACUUCACCAGCAUUCGAUAUGGUGCAGCUGAUGAUGCAACAGCAGAAAAUGAAUAUAUUGGUGGCUUUUGCAUUGAUAGGAAGUUUGAUUUGACCACUUAUAUCAAGUGGUGGGGGACCAAUAAACCACGUCAAGUAGAUCCACACGCUAAAUCAUCAGAGGAAACAUCAUAUCGCCCUGGUGAAGACAUGAGCAGUGAACUUAAAUCUGUAGAACUGACAGCUAAGCCCACUGAACCUAUGAUGCCACGAUUGGGUGUGCCUCAAGAAGGAAAACACCGAAAAGGUGCUGUGUCUGCUAUGAGCAUUUUGUCACAAUCCGCAGCAUUUAAGAGCUUACAAGAAAAAGGAUUGAAGAAGAAAGCAAUAGAUGAGAAUGAUGAAAAUGAAGAUAAAAAUGUUAUUAACAAAAAGGACUACGGCAAGGGGGUUGAAAAAUGUAGUCAUGAUGGUGGAAAUGAGAGAGUUGGAGCUGGACUUGGGAUGACUGGAGGAUUACCCGUUCCAAGAAAUGUUUACCCACUAACUCCCUUACUAACUGCUCCACUUGUGACCAACUACAACUCUAUUGAUUCCUUAAAUGAUCCUGUUCUUUGGACCAGUCUUGUUUCAGUUCUUCCUGUGGGAUCUUCACGCACUUCUGAGGUUGCAAAGAACGAGUCUAGCUCAGAAUACAAUUUGUUCCAGCAAGAAGGCUGAAAUUUAAUCUUGUCCUUGCAGCAUUGUCAAAGCUGAUGCCUUGGGGUCUCCAGUAAUUUGCGGGUUUUCUGUGUACAGAUAUUUCAGUUAACUAACUGGGAGAAAAGAGGUAUUUCUGAUAGUUAUAGUUAUUAAGUAAUUUGUAGUUUCAUUAAAAAAAAAAAAAGCACGUGUUUUCUGUACAGGUAUACAUAGUGUUGGAUAGUUGAAGUGUGAUAGGUUCUACAAUAAAACGUGUAUUUGUAAAAGAAAUAGUUAUUACUUUAUUUUGAGUCUCUACCUCUGUC